AUAAAGACCGAUCACUUUGAAUAUGAUGCGAAAUUCACUGACAAAAUGAGGAGGAUCAAGAUUCCACUCCCUCCUGUGGACGAAAAAAAGAGAGUAAUUGAAGACGUUGAUAAGGAUCGGCGCUAUGCCAUAGAUGCGUCAACUGUGCGCAUCAUGAAGAAAGUUUUAGGUCAUCAGCAGCUGGUUAUGGAGUGCGUCGAGCAGUUACGAAACAUGUUUGAGCCUGAUUUCAGGGCGAUCAAAAAGCGGAUAGAAGAUUUGAUCACUCGGGACUAUUUGGAGUGGGACAAAGAUAAUCCUAAUUUGUUCAGAUAUCUUGCAUGAAAAACUGCUAGUCUACUGUCCAGCUACAGAAGUUGCUGCAGAUAU